AUGGAAAACAACUUUUUCGACGAAGAGUCAAUCUCGAGUGAGGAGCUCAAUCAGAUAGGUUCUUAUUGGAACACUGAUUGGGACUCCUACUACGAAGAAUCUCUAGUAAGACCGUAUUCGCGUCAGGAAACCCCCUGGCAGCUCAUCUCGUUCGGAGACCCGCGUUAUCAGGAUCUAGAUCCUGAUGACCCGGUGUAUAUAGCAGCCUGUAGGGACCUAAAAGAAAAGCAGGAGAAACAGGCCAUCGCCGAGAAAGAAGAAGUAGCCAAAGCUUACGAGGAAGCUUUGGCUAAAUCGAAAAAAGAAGACGAAAUCCUAGAAGAAAAGAAAGGCGAAAUCAUCAGAUAUGCCAAAGGGAAAUUUUUUCCUUACCUAGCCGUUUCGGUUCCACGACGGAACCAAACGACUGGGAUACGGCAUCAGACCUAAAUAGGAAACUUGUUUGUCAGCGUUGGUUCGAAAACCAAGAAAAAAAUGACACCUUAA